UUUAUUUUUUUCUGUCCAUUUUGCUUUUCUGCGAUGACUCACCAUUAUUUUUAACUUUGAAGAGAGAGGAAAUUAUGGGGAUCUUGGAAGCCUGUGUUUCUCUCUAGGAUUUUUUCCCCAGGGUCAGAUAAGCGGUGUUGCUAAGAGCCACUAAGAUUUGCCUGCUCCAGCCAACAAAAGUUCCGUUUUGCCAACGUCAGUUUUUCCACGUUGGUUUUGAAUAGAUGAAGGCUUCCUCGAGUGUCGUCUCUUCCACCCAGGGGGUUUAGAUGGGAGUUUUUGAACUCUGUCCUAGAGAAGGCAAAUUGAAAUCCCCCGAGGAGGGUGCUAGACAUGCUAGCAAAGGGAGCUGCUCUCCUUCCCCCCAACUUUAUUUCAUCUCUCUCUUUCUCAGCAGGGGCAAUUUUCUUUCCUUUUUUAUUUUCUCUGUUUUAUCAUCCCUUCGCCUUUUCAUGAGACACUUCCACACCUACGUACCUGUCCUUCUGCAGGAUAGUAGCCUUGCCCUGAAUCCGAUCCCACCACCGGGCACUCGGAAGAGUUUAGCCUAAGGAUUUCUUUUAAACCUAAAUAUGACAGUUGCUACCGGAGAUCCUGCAGACGAAGCUGCAGCUCUUCCCGGUCACCCGCAGGACACGUACAACCCCGAGACCGACCAUGAAUGCUGCGAGAGGGUGGUCAUUAACAUUUCGGGUCUGCGCUUUGAGACACAGCUCAAGACGCUAGCCCAGUUUCCAGAGACCUUGCUAGGGGAUCCUAAAAAGAGAAUGAGAUAUUUUGACCCGCUCCGGAACGAGUAUUUCUUUGACCGGAACAGGCCCAGCUUCGAUGCUAUUUUAUACUACUACCAGUCUGGUGGGAGGUUGAGGAGGCCUGUUAACGUGCCCUUAGACAUCUUCUCGGAAGAGAUUCGGUUUUACGAACUGGGGGAAGAAGCAAUGGAGAUGUUCCGGGAGGAUGAAGGCUACAUCAAAGAAGAGGAAAGACCGUUGCCUGAGAAUGAGUUUCAGAGACAAGUGUGGUUGCUCUUCGAGUAUCCCGAAAGCUCGGGCCCUGCCAGGAUUAUAGCUAUCGUCUCUGUCAUGGUGAUUUUAAUCUCCAUCGUGAGCUUCUGCCUGGAAACAUUGCCCAUUUUUCGGGAUGAGAACGAAGACAUGCACGGCAGCGGGCUGAGCCAUCCGCCCUACUCCAACAGCAGCAUGGGGUACCAGCAGUCAACCUCUUUCACAGACCCCUUCUUCAUCGUAGAGACACUUUGCAUCAUUUGGUUCUCCUUCGAGUUCUUGGUGAGGUUUUUUGCCUGCCCCAGCAAGGCUGGGUUUUUUACCAAUAUCAUGAACAUUAUCGACAUUGUAGCCAUCAUUCCCUAUUUCAUCACCUUAGGGACGGAGCUGGCUGAGAAGCCGGAGGAUGGUCAGCAAGGCCAGCAAGCCAUGUCCCUGGCCAUCCUCCGAGUUAUCCGCCUGGUGCGGGUCUUCAGGAUCUUCAAGCUCUCCCGGCACUCCAAGGGGCUGCAGAUCCUGGGGCAGACUCUGAAGGCCAGCAUGCGGGAGCUGGGCCUCUUGAUAUUUUUCCUCUUCAUCGGCGUCAUCCUCUUCUCCAGCGCCGUCUACUUUGCAGAGGCAGACGAGAGCGAGUCCCAGUUCCCCAGCAUCCCCGACGCCUUCUGGUGGGCCGUGGUUUCCAUGACGACCGUGGGCUACGGAGACAUGGUCCCCACGACCAUCGGUGGGAAAAUAGUGGGAUCCUUGUGUGCCAUCGCUGGCGUAUUAACGAUUGCCUUACCAGUGCCCGUCAUAGUGUCCAACUUCAACUACUUCUACCACCGGGAGACAGAGGGAGAGGAGCAGGCUCAAUAUUUGCAAGUAACCAGCUGCCCAAAGAUCCCUUCUUCCCCUGACCUAAAGAAAAGCAGAAGUGCCUCUACCAUUAGUAAGUCCGAUUAUAUGGAGAUUCAGGAAGGUGUAAACAAUAGCAAUGAGGAUUUCAGGGAGGAGAACCUGAAGACAGCCAAUUGCACCCUAGCUAACACAAACUAUGUUAAUAUCACCAAAAUGCUAACCGAUGUCUAGUCGCUAAAACCUAGUAACGCAUUUAAAGCUGAAGUGGAACAGUUGCAGAUAUUGAGUGCUGCUCUGCAUUGUAGUCAAUACAGUAUUUUCUACGGUGUAUAUUUGGUUCUGCAUGGGAAGCAAUAGCCGUGUAAGUGACUUUUAACCUUUGAUUUCCACACUGAAUAAGCUGUCAUGCCCCAACCGUUUCGUUUCUCUGCUCCCAUCACAGGCUUGCGGGUUUCCAAAGAUACGGGGCGUUUAAAGCGAUUGCGGGCACCAUUCGUGUCAUUGCGACCGCAGGGAGCCGGCCGGGGACGGGGGGGAAGCUCCCGCGCCCCAGCACGUGCCGAGCGGCCCCGUGAGGUCUCCCUGCAGCGCGCACCCGCCAAGCCGUGUCCCGAGGAGAGGGUAGGCACGCAGCUGCCGAGCUUAGGGAGCGCUUAGGGAAAGGUCAGGCAGGGCUUAGCCGGGGGAACGUGCAUCCGUGUGGCCAAAGGGCUUGCAGGCUCGCCUUCCGCCUCAGGUGAGACCACAUCGCCCGGGCUCGUGUUUCAUAACGGAAAAUGCUGCAUGCUGCAAUAGUUUCCUCCACUGCAGUAUGCCAGCGUGAGGCCCCGGGGAGGCAUAAUUAGUAUGACAGAACAUUAUUUAUUAAGUCUUAAAUUUUCGAUGCUAGCCGUCGGGAGGGCCAAGUAAAUAAAUCAAGAGCUUGGGUUUUAUUUAUUUAUUUAUUUAGAUGACACUUCCAUCACCACUAUUUCCAGGAUCACCAAAGACACCUCCACUGACACAUUGAAAAUGAGUUGGAAAAAAAGCAUCUUUUUUUUUCUAUAUCUCAAUAUAAAACUGGAGCAACUAUGCUGUGGCCUAUAAUAUAUUUAUACUGCAGUGAAAUUUAACCAGUAAUACAGUACAGCUGCAUGGGUAUUUGUUGCAUGAAUCUGAAUAUUUAAUACACACACAAAUAUAUAUUUUCUUAGUAGACUAUACAGUAUUCAUGUUUAUAGUGUUUAUAGAUUCUCCAGUGGCUUGACGGAGAUUCACGGAAGUAAAAAAAAAAAAUAUCUCUAUUUAAAAACCGGAUUCGGGGAAGGCACGGGCUGACUACGGUUUGCUAGAUAACAAGGCAAAGCCUGCGUGUCCGAGCGUUCGGGACCGAGCGAUGCAAGUUGAAGGAAGGUGAGCUGAAAGUUAAACACCUGUGCUCAUCAUGGGGCGAGUAAUUAGUCAUUAAUCUCGGUGUCACGAGCAGAAAUUCCCGCUGAGCGGAGAAGCUGCGGAGGCCAGGUGGGAGAGCAGGGAGAGGCGCCCCGACUUGGUUGUUCAGCAGUCUUCAGCCGUUUCCCCCUGCAAUUAUCACGCGUGUAGGUGUGUGUGUAUAGAUAUUUAGAGAGCGACUAGAGGCCGAAUCCUCAGCAAACACGGACGCUCGGCGCUUCGGGGGUUUCC